ACAGGGCUCCUGCUUAUUCCAUGGCCAAGCGCCAUCCAGGUCUGAAAGAUAGCGGUACACCUGCACCAAGAACGCUACCAGAAAAGAUGACUCACCAUGGGAAGGAGAGUGUUCCUGCCUGGACAAUGGCUCACCGACACAAGGACUAUGACCCUGGUAGAACUCCAGGACCAGCAAACUACAAGGUACACGAGGCAGAUCAAUUAGUUCACCGCAAUGUACCUGCAUAUUCCAUUGCACUGCGAACGGUCGGAUUUAAACUGAACGAAGGCCCAGGGCCUGCGCGAUACAAGGAUGUGCCAGUGUCUGGGCCAAAAAUCCCACACCUGAAGGCAGCACCUGCCUACUCCAUCUCCCAGAAAACUGCAUUUGGCAGCAUGCUGAGUAACAUCGUGAAGACUCCAGGGCCGUGUGCGUACAAACACGUAGAUACUGAUGUGUUCAAAAACAGAGCACCCACAUACACCAUAGUAGAACGCAAUGCGAUUCCGGGAGACACUACAUUGAAACCUGGACCAGCCCGCUACAGAGCAGAAAAUGUGAACUUGCAUAAGAAUUACCCCAAGUAUACCUUUGGAAUCCACCACUCUGAGUUCCUCGCACCCCUUAUUGUGGCUCCAUCAGACUGAGAUAAAACAAUGCAGCCAGCCUCAAUUCCCCGGCAAACUCUUACAGUCCUGAAUUGCAAAAAUGUCAAUUGUACUUUUAAGAAAUCACUCAUUUAAACUUUUAAAUCGUUUCUCA